CUUUGUGCUUUUGUCUUUGCUUCCAGAUUGUCAUGGAUUUUAAGCAUCCAGAUGGUAUCACAGUCCCAGUUAUGUUGCCUCGUCGGAGUUUGCUGGUGAUGACAGGAGAAUCUAGAUAUCUUUGGACCCAUGGAAUCACACCCAGAAAAUUUGAUACUAUUCAAGCAUCUGAGCAUCACAAAAGUGGAAUUAUCACCAGUGAUGUUGGAGACUUAACUUUAAGCAAGAGGGGAAUCCGAACAUCAUUUACAUUUAGGAAAGUGAGGCGAACACCUUGUAACUGUAGUUACUAUGUGGCCUGUGACAGCCAGAGGAAAGAGAGUCCUCCUUCAUUUCCGGAGAGUGAUCAAGAAGCCUCCCAGCUGGAGCGAGAGUAUGUCCAUCGAGUGUAUGAAGAGAUUGCUGGGCACUUCAGCAGCACCAGACAUACCCCUUGGCCACACAUCGUGGAGUUUUUGAAGGCUUUGCCAGAUGGUUCAAUAGUGGCUGAUAUUGGAUGUGGAAAUGGAAAGUACCUUGGCAUCAAUAAGGAGUUAUAUAUGAUUGGUUGUGACCGUAGCCAGAAUCUUGUGGACAUUUGUAGAGAAAGGCAAUUUCAGGCCUUUGCGUGUGAUGCGCUGGCAGUGCCAGUCCGCAGUGAGUCUUGUGAUGCCUGCAUCUCCAUUGCUGUUAUUCACCAUUUUGCAACAGCAGAACGUAGAGUGUUGGCUCUCCAAGAACUCGUUCGACUCCUGAGACCUGGUGGGAAAGCACUUAUCUAUGUCUGGGCAAUGGAACAAGAAUAUAAUAAACAGAAGUCUAAAUAUCUUAAAGGAAAUAGAAUUAGCCAAGGAAAGAAAGAGGAAAUAAGCAGUGACGCUUCUGCACAAGGGUUGCUUCUGGAGCAGAUGCCUGACAUGGGCCAUCAAGACACAGCAUCUUCGGUCCCCUCCUUUAGUGACAUUCAGGAGGGAGAAUGUCAUUCAAACAAAGUUGCUAAUUCCGAGCUGCCUGUUCAUACCAACAGGACUUCUUUUCAUUCUCAAGAUGUUCUGGUUCCCUGGCACCUUAAGGGAAGCUCUGGGAAAGCCAAACCUGUUGAGUCAUUGGGUCCAUUAGGAUCCUGUGAUACCAGUGCUGUGUUUCACCGUUACUACCAUGUGUUCUGUGAGGGAGAGCUGGAAGCUGCCUGCCAGACUUUGAGUAAUGUCAGCAUUCUGCAAAGCUACUAUGAUCAGGGAAACUGGUGUGUGAUUCUUCAAAAGCUCUGAUUUAUUUAAAUGACCAAAUCAUAUAGAAACACACAGCGUUUGUUUUUAAAGGAGACUUAAUUAAUUGUAUUUCUAAUUAAAGAGAAAAUGUGUGGAAAAGUAACGAAGGAGGAUACCUGCAAGAAGUAUGGAAGUAGAAAUUAGGAAACAUUCAGUCUGCUGCUGUUGGCUGACAUCUUAGGUGUAGGCCCCUUCUCACGUUACUGCUAAGGGUGAUUUUCAAAAUUACUUGAAGUAGUUGGUGAAAUGUUUGGUAUCUUUGGAUGGGAAUACAGCAUUUUGAAGGUAAUCUUUUGUUAUAAAAUGUUACUAAUUGAAUGAUAUCAUGUCAACUCUUAGUGAAGUGAUUUUACAGCAUUUAAAUAAAAUAUUCCCAAUCAGUAGGAGAUUGAAA